AUGCUCCGCCACAUCCUCCACCAAACCCGGCACUUCACCACCACCCUCCCUUUCAAAUCCUCCAAAUCCUCCUCCUUCAAACCAUCCCCCUCCCCUCCCCGUCUCCCAAAAGAAGACCAAGAAACCUUCGAAUCCCUCACAAAAGCCUCCAUGGGUGCCUUCUCAACUUCUCACCUCCAAUCACCAUCUCCCAAUACCAAUACCAAUACAAAUACCACCGCACAAUCAACAAGUAGUACUAGCAAGAAUAAUACAAAUAUGAAAGCAGAAGACCUCCUUUCGGAGUUGAAACAUAAGGAUUUAUUAACCGGUGGGGAGAAACCUUUGUUUGAGGGGGAGAGGAAUCCGGUUACGGGGGAGGUUGGGGGACCGAAGACUGAACCUACGAAGUAUGGGGAUUGGAGUUUUAAUGGGAGGGUUACGGAUUUUUAA